AUGGAUUGUUUUUCGAUAUCCAAUUCUUCUAAUUGGGUAAAUUCAGAUAAGUCUAAAGCUCCAAUUAAAUCAUCAAUAGGCAAAAAGAAAGUGUUAGGAAUUCCAACAUUACAAGGAUCUGCUGAUAAAGUUAUAGAGGAAAUUAGAAGAGCAAUAAGGGAAAAAUUAAAUCGUUUUACUUUUCCCUGCCCUCAUUGUCGAGAACACAUUAAGGACGAAGACUUUGGUAAAGAACAGCAGGCUUUUCAUUAUAUUAGUGAAAUGGAAUUUCCUGAAGUCAAAGGAUUAAAAGAAACUAUUAAAAAUCACGAGCAAAAAAUAAUUCACCUUCAAUCUCCUGACUACAUAGAAAACUCAAUUCGAGUUAAGAAAUUGGAGGAAGAAAAGAAAGAAAUUGCGAAAAAUUUACAAAAUCAAAACCAGGAACUACAAAAACAACUAACAGAAAAAAAGGAACAGAUUCAAAAUCUAGUAUUAAGACAAAAGGGCCAGGGAGCAGGAGUGAAUGUGUUUAUGCGAGACUUAACAAAUAGUGCUGGGUUAUUACCAGGAGAGACAAUGGAGGAUUGA